CUGAGAAUGAAAAUUUUAUAAAAAUUUUUACACAUAUGUUAUAAAUGAAUAGAACAACUAAUUUUUUUUUUAAUUGAAAAAAAAUUUAAAAUUUUUGUAAUAUAAUCAUGAAUAUUUUAUUGUGGAUUAUAUCGUGUGCUUGCAGUGGAGCAAUUUUAUUAGCACCAAAAGUUAAAGCUCAAGAUUCACCAAAUGAUAUUCCUCGAUCGAUAGAUGAUUGUCAAGUGACGCCGGUUAUACAUGUUCUACAAUAUCCUGGAUGUGUACCGAAACCAAUACCUUCAUAUGCCUGUAUCGGUCGGUGUGCUAGUUAUAUACAAGUUUCGGGUAGCAAAAUAUGGCAGAUGGAACGAUCUUGUAUGUGUUGUCAAGAAUCUGGUGAACGAGAAGCUUUGGUAUCACUAUUUUGUCCAAAAGCACGUCCUGGCGAAAGAAAAUUUCGUAAGGUUCUUACAAAGGCCCCCCUAGAGUGUAUGUGUCGCCCAUGUUCAUCAAUUGAAGAGUCUGGAAUUGUACCACAAGAAUUAGCUGGUUAUAGUGGUGAUGAGGGGCCAUUAAAUAAUCAUUUUAGAAAAGCUGGUAUUCUUUCAUAAUUUUGUAUUUAUGCACGUAUGUAAAAAUAAAUAAGAAAAUAUUUGAUAAGAAGCACGUAGUCCUAAAUUAAUGGUGCAC